AUGGAUCCCGAUCAACCUCAGAACUUACGAUCUCUGUUCGUGACAGCAAAGGCAGACAAGACCGCACUAGAAGUGCGUCCCGACACCACCUCCGAGCUCUAUCGCAGAGAUGUAACCGCCGUCAUCGCCAAGUUCGAGGAAUGCCAGCGACUCAUCAGAUUACUCUCCUUGUUUAGUGCGAACGAGCCAAUUGAAGAGGUGUCUACGGGGGAUUUGCAGUAUCUGACCCUCGAAUAUCUUCUCGCGGACCUACUCCAACGAUCGUACAGCUCGGAUCGCGAAGUUCUCCUUCGGCGCUCUUUACAGAAUUAUGAGGGAUACCUUUCACACAUGGAUGAUUAUGGGCUGCUCAACGAUAGCAACCGAAAGCUCUACGAGCGAUACACCUCGAAACCUACGUCCUUCUCGUUGACACCGAUGAACGAUCCCACCACUCGCAGAGAAGCGAAAGUAUCAAGGUUUAGGGAGGAAAAGGAACUGAAGCAGAAGCUCGAGUACUUCUCGCAGAACCACAGCCAGCUCGACGAUGAAGAUAUCCGACGACUAUAUUUGGCGGAACUAGACCUCUAUACCCAUCAGACCUUCCAAGCCCUUGAUUUGCUUGCACAAGAAUUUUCAAUGCUUUCGGCUAUUCGCAACGCCGCACCUCCCCCGGACCCACGCCAACAAGAAGAUACCAGAAGGCGGAACAACGCGGACCAGUCGGGCUAUUCCGAACGUCUCGAUCCUUCUCUAUCCCAAUUACUACGAGGUGGUAGAGGCGGACCAAUACUCAACAGGGAUGGAAGGCCAAUGCAGCCGUUUACUUUGCUCGACCGUCGGACGCAGCUCCAACAAGGCGUGUUCAAGCCCAGCCAUAAUCUCCCCACUAUGACAAUAGACGAGUAUCUUGACGAAGAGAAUAGGCAAGGCAACGUUGUUCAAGGAGGCGAACAGUCGGGCAUCCAGCCAGAGAUCGACGAGGACGAUCUGGACAUAGCUGACGAAGAGACGAUGAAAGCACGCGCUUGGGAUGAAUACAAGGAAGCGAACCCAAGAGGCUCUGGGAACACUCUCAACCGGGGUUGA